CUUUGGUUCGUUAUCCAUGCAAUCACAUUCACCCUUUGCAAGAUCGCUCCUCCUCGACAUCAUCCCUACAUCACCACUGCACGAUGAUGGAACACCUUGUCAAACUCACAUACUCUCCUACAUGUAUGCACAGCGACCUUUGAUGAUCACGACCAUUGUGCUUCCUCCAUCACCUACUCCCAACAGAGCGACCUAUUGCCUGAUACAUGCAUGUACAUGCGUCAUCGCUCCCACCUACGCGACAUCCUUCGUUGCAAUGCUGUGGCCGCUAGAGAGUUGGCAGGGUGAUGAUCACGAUUGCUGUUGCCCGCUACCCUGAUAUAUACGCUCCCACCUACGCACAGGAGGAAGACAGACAAGAUUUGGGCUCAAGGGAGGAAGGUCAUGCACUGUAGAGAAUGGUGGUCGUGCCGCUAGGCGCUCUCUCGUGGGUGGUUCGGGUCGAGACCCCAGCCCAUGGUCCGGAAGCAGUGCGCCGUCUCUUCCUUUGCUUUUUCGCGUCUCUCGGUCUCCGUACGUGCACAUCGACAUCCCGGAACUACCCUGCUCGUAGUUCCCAUCCUUCUCCGUGGGCCAACCUUUCUGAUACGUUCGGCGUGUUUUUCGACGUACGCGAAUACUUUCAUAUCUUCUCUCGCCUGUGAGCGUAUACGCCACUUAGACCCGAGCCGAUUGUUACGGGGCAUAUUCGCUCUCCCCGUCCCAAGUACUCCCUCGUGGUCCCUCUUCUCAGGAAUAGCUCACCUCCCAACUUAUACUGUCUGUGAGAGUCGUUAUGAGGCAUAUUCGCCCUUCCCGCCCUUACUCCCUUGUAAUCCUCUUUACUCUCAUGUUUUAUUUUCUCUCGCCGGAACAUAUGAGGUAUAUUCGCUCUCCCUAUCCUACUCGUCCACACCAGAGAUAGACCACCAACGCUUGGGAAAGGUCGAUCUAUGCGGAGUCUUCCCCUCAAGUCAAUCUCUCAGUGGAGCUUUUCCGUGUACAUGAAUACCAUUGACAUGCGGAGCCGGAGCAUAUGAGGUAUAUUCGCUCUGUCC